AUGGAAAGUAUGCAUCAUAGCAUUCCACUAUGUCGCCCAUCAUUUAUGGAUGCAUUAAAAGACACACCAUAUGGUACGGAUGAACGAGCUUCAACCAAGUUAACAUAUGAUGAUGAAGCAGCAAGUGAUUCUGCAACAACUUGCGCAGCAGGUAAUGAAGGUAUCCAAGAUGAUGAAAACAGUGGCAAAUGUGAUUAUGGUAAGUAUAGGUAA